AUGGAGCGUUUUUGGUGGAUAGUUAGCAUGUUUGCCUUUGUGGCAGGUUCAUCGGUGCCCAGUGACCACGUUGGGUUUGUGCUAGAGGCUGUCAAGAGUGCCUAUCGCAGUGGCGAGCAGGACCUGGAUCGGUUCUGCUUCGAAUUGGAGUCUCCUUUCGUGGAACCAACCUCUGAGUUCCUGUUUGUGAUCGAUGUGGUCGAUACGCUGCCCUUCCAUACAGAUCCCAGUCGGUUUGGCGGCACUAACGUGGACCGGGACAAGCAAUCGCUGGAUAUGACGAUCCAUGACUGUGCCAACGGUGAUCUGAUCCGAAGCAGGAGGCGGCUGGCCAGCGGCACCUCUGUGAUCGAAGUGAGUCCCUCUGGCUCGAGAAAAUUCUGCUUCUGCUUUGUCAAUCUGAGCUACGACUCUUCCUGGAAGUUCAUCGACGUCAUCAAGACCAUCACCGUCAGGAUGGCAGCCCACGACUCGAUUCAGAAGCGGCAGCGCAAGUCGCAGCUCGUAAAAGAGAUGGCGCUGGAGAGCCUCCAGCAGACGGAGCGCUCUAUUCGGACGCUACUAGGUCUGGCAGACAGCGGCGAGCGCAGCGAGCUUCUGGAGCUUGAAAGCGAGCGAAGAGACCUGAAUGAGGAGGUCUUCAACCGGCUCUUGUGCGGCGAAGCAGCAUUCACCGUCGCGGUCAUCGCUUCGAAUCUUCUGCUUACACGCCAUUUUAUCAGGCGCCACAGAGACCGUAUUAGAGAUGCAAGACGAAAUAAGAGAUUCAAUCAUUGA